UCAGUGCAUCGGCAAGUGCGCUUCGAGGCAUCAUGCGCAUUCGAGCUCUAGGUUCUCCCUGAAACAGCAUCUCCCCGCCAGAUCUCAUCUGUCUCUCCGCACUCUCAGACAUCCCAGAAACAGAGUGGGGCUGCGGCUAGGCAAACACAUUAUAGCUAUGAUCAGGCGACUACAACACUGUGAUGUGGAUGUGUUCGGGAUGUCCCGUACUGCGGAUGAUCGCUGCGCACAGGCUGAUGGGCCAGUGGUGCAGAUCUUCGGUGAUCCGUGGUCUGAUGCUCCACGAUCCACGGCUCGAGGCCUACGCGGCAAGUCACGCUCGAUUCUUGGUCCAGACGGCUUCGGUUUCUCGGAGUUGCUCGUCGAUGGUCAUGCACAGGGGCCCGCUGGCAGCGGGGUCGGCGCGCGGGCCUAGUCGGGAUAGCAGACGUGGUCCCCGACCUCACCCGCGCUCAUUUCGAGCGCGGGGAGGGGAAGCCUACCUCCGUCCUCGUCAUGUUGGAAGAGAUGGGUGUGAGGUAUACAGUCCCGGGGCGAGGGGAACAGCGGCAUGGCAGUGGGUGGAGGCGGCGGAUGCGUGGUGUCAACGAGAGCGAGCUGGGCGAGAGUUGGGAUCGAUGGAGGAUAUGUCGCCGAGCUUUAAAGUAUGCUGUGAGAGCGAUGGAAGAGUGUGAGAGUGAGAAAGGUGGACCGCCGAGUGGCAAUUGAGGAUGGUGUCGGCAGUCGGCUGCGUCGUCAACGUCGGGCAUUUGAAUCU